AUGCUGCCAAACUGGCUUGAUCUUCCAAGAGACAUCACAAGUAACAUCCUUCAGAGGCUUGGUACAAAGGAAAUUGUCACUAGUGCGUGCCUUUUCUGCCCUCUAUGGUGGGAUAUUUGCAAGGAUCCUCUCAUGUGGCACACCGUUCACAUGACUUAUUUUAGAAGUGUUUUCUACAAAAAUCAUUCGGAGUAUUUGAAGGUUUGUCGUUAUGCUGUUGAACGAAGCUGCGGUCAUCUGAAAGACAUUAAUAUUGAGUGCUUUUGCACCGAUGAACUCCUUGAAUGCAUAGCUGAAAAUGCAAGUAACCUACGAACCAUCUGGCUUUUAAAUUGUUUUAGCAUUUCGGACAAAGGAUUUAGUGAAGCCGUGAGAAAAUUUUCAUAG